CGCUAACGCGCACGCGCGAGCCACAUAGCCUGUGUUCGUCCGGUAUCCGAAGUUCCCGGGUUCGUCAUGUCGGCGUCUGUGGUGUCCGUCAUCUCCCGGUUCCUGGAGGAGUACUUGAGCUCCACUCCACAGCGGCUGAAGUUGCUGGAUGCCUAUCUCCUUUAUAUAUUGCUGACCGGGGCGCUGCAGUUCGGCUACUGUCUCCUCGUGGGCACCUUCCCCUUCAACUCUUUCCUCUCUGGCUUCAUCUCUUGUGUGGGCAGCUUCAUCUUAGCGGUUUGCUUGAGAAUACAGAUCAACCCCCAGAACAAGGCGGAUUUCCAAGGCAUCUCUCCUGAGCGAGCCUUUGCUGAUUUUCUCUUUGCCAGCACUAUCCUGCACCUCGUCGUCAUGAACUUCGUCGGCUGAGCCGCUCCCACUUCCUUACUGUGGAGUUGGAGACUGGCAGAAUGUAAGUGUCGAUCCCAGCCCU